AGUAAUCAUUCUGUGCCUGACCGCCGAGGGUUCCGUUCUUGGUCCGCCCGAGGUUCAGUUAUAAAAGACGCGUGCCGCUCCAAAACCGAUGGAGUUCGUUUCGAGACCGCAAAGGUUCUAAGUCCUGCCUGGCAGCUCUGGAAAAAUAAAUUCGAAAUAAAUUUAACAGUGCACAAGCAAAGUGAUAUAACCGAAAAUAAGUGUUUUUAUUUUUUAAGAAUAUUUUUGACGAAAGUAAAACGUAGAAUAUGCAUUUCUUCACCAUCUGCUUAAUAGUCUGCUGCUCGAUGGCCCUCAGCUGGGCCAGCGACUGGGGCUACCCGGACUUGGACAACAACCAGGAUGAGCCGUUUCCCAAGUGGGGUGGUAUUUGCGAUAGUGGCAAGAAGCAAAGCCCCAUCAAUCUGCAUGCCAAGGGAGCCCUGAAGGGAGAGUUCGAUGCUCUGAAGUUUGAGAACUAUAACGAGUACCAGAAAAAUCUGCAAAUGAUCAACAAUGGACACACAAUUCAACUAUCUGGCUUUAAUCACGAAUUGACUUUGAGUGGUGGUGCUCUGCUGAACGAUUUCGUGGUUGAGCAGGUCCACAUGCACUGGUGGUCGGAGCACACCAUCAACGAAAUCCGCUAUCCGCUGGAAGUGCACAUUGUGCACCGGAACACCAUUUACCCCAACAUGACCAUGGCGGCCAACUUCAAGGAUGGUAUUGUGGUCAUCGGAGUUCUCUACCACGUUUCCAAUACUCCGAAUGAGGCCAUCGGCAGAAUCAUCAAGAAUUUGGGAGCUGUGAAGAGCUAUGACAGCAUAAACCAACCUGCGCUGGUAGCAGAUUCCCUUGCUGUGGGUGAUUUGGUGCCCAGUGUGGAGAGCUACUUCACCUACGCCGGUUCGCUGACCACGCCCUCUUGCGCGGAGGCUGUCACCUGGAUCGUUCUCACCGAAACCUUCCCCGUGACUUUGGAUCAGGUGAAUGAGUUCAAGGAGAUCGAGUCCGCGGCGGGCAAACAGUUGCACAACAACUACAGGGAGCUCCAGAGCGAGAACAAUCGAGCUGUGGUUCUGGUCGAGCAGCCCGAGGAUCGUUCGGGGGCAGCAGGACUCACUGCAUCCGUAUCCUUGAUCUUCACCCUCAUCCUGGCGGGCCAGAAGUUCCUGAUGUAGAUUUAAGUUGGUCAAUCCCAGAGAGCAGAGAGCAGCAGCCAAUGACAUACUCAUACCAAAGAAUCGUUACAAACAACGAAUUUUUUUACUGAUUUAAAAAAAAAGAAAAUACAACAGCAACAAAAAACGGCGACACAGGAGAGCAACGUCAGAACAGACAAUUUAUACUCAUUAAUUGUAAUGCAGAACAGAACAAAUAUUCAGCUAGUCAGUUUGUCUAAAGUUCAUUAGGUGCAAAGUUUACUCAUAAUAAAAAUGAAACAUUUUACAAGCA